AUGUCCACACCUGUAAACACAUCGGCUGCCAUCCUGGCUCUGAGUAAGGUAGCCUGGAGACUAUCUAUCUCGCUCUCUAACCUCAUUUCGGACGCCAAACCCGGCCAUGCGGCUCUACUGAAUCUCACAGGCGAGGUUGGAUUGCUCGGCAAUGAGUGUUACCAGAUCCAUCUCAAACUGCAAGAGAUUGCGAACAAUACCGAGACAGGCUCGCCUCCACCCUACGAUGGCGACGGAAGAAUAUGGGCUUCUCUUGCAACCCAGAUACACGAGACGAGUCAAACGAUACAGGAGCUGGAAUCAUUUGAAAAGGGGUUCAGGGUAGAGAAGAGGGAGGAUUCUAGUCUCGUAUCCCAGCCAGGACAGCUAGGAAAAAACGAAGAUAAGAUAGAAGAGAUGGAGAAUAGUGUUCGUAGACACAGUGAUAACUUGCGUACUACGCUGCUAUUGAUUCAAACUGUACUUGCACAUUUUGUACCUUCUGGUGUUGAGCGAACGCUUCGAGAUGAUGUUGCCGAACUCGUGCAGAUGGUCAAAAAGUUGCAACGUUUGUCGCAAACUGGUCCACCGUGGCGACACACUCAGACCGAAGCCACCUUGAUGCAGUAUGCACAAGAGGUCAUCGUAAAAGGUACAGCUGCGAAAGAGCAAAGUAUGGUUCCAGACCCCAUGGCUGGGGCAUCGACCGGAGAAAUCACCGAGACAAGCGACCCACCAUGGACAGAAGUCAUAGUAGCCAUCCAGAAAGAGCAGAAGGAGCCGGAAUCGAAAGAUGCGAUCCCUAAAAGCACCACGUGA